CUGGUGACUGCAGGAGUCAGUAUCAACAUGAUCGGCUGCGGCGCCUUCUUCGGUUUCCCAGGGAUCCUGUUACCACAGCUGCAGGGCCCAGGGUCGCUCAUCAGCAUGACUGAGAACCAGGCAUCUUGGCUAGCUUCUGUGGGAUCAAUUCCUAUGAUCGUCGGAAACUUCUUGGUCCCAUCGAUUAUGACGCGCGCAGGACGCAAAGUGGCAAUCUACUGUGUGAUCCUGAUCCUGAUUCUGAGCUGGUUCACCCUCAGUCUCGCUACUAGCUAUGAGUGUCUGCUAAUAGGCAGGAUGCUCCAAGGCUUCUCGUUUGGCAUGUACAUGCCGGUCCGUUCCAUCUUCAUCGGCGAGUGCUCCAGCCCACUCUACCGAGCUGGGUUCCUUUCCACCACCACCCUCGCACUAGCCGUUGGUUUAUGCUUCGUCCAUCUCACCGGAUCACUCCUCAGCUACCAAGCAACUGCUCUCUGUUGCUUAUCCUUCCCUUUCAUCAGCCUUCUCUUGACCAUUUAUUCACCAGAGUCUCCAAGUUGGCUGGCUACUCGAGGACAAUACGAGAAAUGCAGAAAGAACUUCAUAUGGUUGAGAGGAGAGGAUGAAAUACCGGAACUAGACAAGAUCAUACAAACAGUAAAGCAUUUAGAUGCCCAAGAAACUAAUCAGAACAAUAAAUUCAGACAAAUUAUCACGGUUGUAAAGAAAAAAGAAUUCUUCAAGCCAGUUUUUCUAGUGUCUGCCUUAUUUAUUAUGCAGAAUUUAUCCGGAGGACCAAUUAUGGGGGUAUACGCGGUAACGGUUCUAGGAUUGCUGAUGGGUCCCGAAGUUAACGCCAAUUUCUGGAUGGUGGCUUUAGACUUCCUGAGACUGUUUGCAGGUGGUGCGGCUAUUUAUCUAAUUAACAAAGUAAGGAGAAGAAAACUGCUGUUUAUUAUAGGAGCUCUAAAUGGCGGUAGCCAGCUGUUGAUGGGUGUUUACGUGUUCGUUAGAACAUACGGUUAUUUGCCCUUCGAUUCCUUGUGGAUUCCUGGUAUAUUGGUCAGCGUUCAAAUGAUGGCUCUGUCGUUGGGAAUGCAGCCGCUGCCGGCCGUGAUCGCUGGGGAGGUAUUCCCAUUGCAGAACAGGGGUCUAGCAGGAAGUAUUGGUUUAGUAACGCAGUGUCUGUCUGUACUUAUAGUUCUGAAGGCAUUUCCUGGUCUGCUAUCUACCAUGGGACUGGAAGGAACAUACGCGGUGUACUCUGGGGUUAUAGCGGCGUGUCUGGCUGUGGCGUGGGUAUUGCUGCCGGAGACUAGCGGCCGGACUUUGCAGCAGAUUGAGGAACACUUCAGGGGGGCUCCGCUCCCGGACCUAGAGGCAUAUAUUAGGGAGUUAACGCCUUUGAAUGAGAAGCCGAAUGGUGUAGAUAAAAACACCGUACAGCUCACAGACACUGAAGAUAAUGUUACGAAAAAGGAACCGUUAAAAGAAUUUGAUGAUAAUUUGUCGAAUGGGAAACCAGUUGAGUAA